AGAGGAAGAGAAGGAAGCGUAUCCAGUUGGAGUCAAUGCAACCCCUCGGCUGUCCGGGAGGAGCGUCCUGGCCCCGAUGAGCCCCCGUCGCGCGUCCCCGACUGUGCCCCGGCGGCAGAGGGGCGCGGGGCCCAGCGCCGACGAUCGCUGGUGCUGCCUUGCCCGCGGGGUUAGGAUGUGGUGAAAGGAUGGGGCUACUCCCUCCCCGGGCUCACAAUGGCCAGAGAAGAUUCCGUCAAGUGCCUGCGCUGCCUGCUGUACGCCCUCAAUCUGCUCUUUUGGUUAAUGUCCAUCAGUGUGCUGGCAGUUUCUGCUUGGAUGAGGGACUACCUAAAUAAUGUUCUGACUUUAACUGCAGAAACAAGGGUGGAGGAGGCUGUCAUCUUGACCUACUUUCCUGUGGUGCAUCCUGUUAUGAUUGCUGUUUGCUGUUUCCUGAUCAUUGUGGGGAUGUUAGGAUAUUGUGGAACAGUAAAAAGAAACCUGUUGCUUCUUGCAUGGUACUUUGGAAGUUUACUUGUCAUUUUCUGUGUAGAACUGGCUUGUGGUGUGUGGACAUAUGAGCAGGAAAUUAUGGUUCCAGUACAAUGGUCAGAUAUGGUCACUUUGAAAGCAAGAAUGACAAAUUAUGGCUUACCUAGAUACCGGUGGCUUACUCAUGCUUGGAAUUUUUUUCAGAGAGAGUUUAAGUGCUGUGGAGUCGUGUAUUUCACCGACUGGUUGGAAAUGACUGAGAUGGACUGGCCACCGGAUUCCUGCUGUGUUAGGGAAUUCCCAGGAUGCUCCAAACAGGCCCACCAGGAAGAUCUCAGUGACCUAUAUCAGGAGGGUUGUGGGAAGAAAAUGUAUUCCUUUUUGAGAGGAACCAAGCAACUGCAAGUGCUAAGGUUUCUGGGGAUCUCCAUUGGAGUGACACAAAUCCUGGCCAUGAUUCUCACCAUUACUCUGCUCUGGGCUCUGUACUAUGAUAGAAGGGAGCCUGGGACAGACCAAAUGAUGUCCUUGAAGAAUGACACCUCUCAGCACUUGUCAUGUCACUCAGUAGAGCUAUUAAAACCCAGCCUGUCGAGGAUCUUUGAACACACAUCCAUGGCGAACAGCUUUAAUACACACUUUGAGAUGGAGGAAUUAUAGAACAUGUCAAGGAAGGAAAUCACACGACUGUUUUGUUGGACUGAUGACUUCUCAGACACACAGUUAUCUGCUUCAGAAUGUGUAAAAAUAAAAAUGUUGCCAUAAAACAAUACUUACACAUAUA